AUGGAGGGACCUGGAAGCAUUGGAGGACUUCUGGAAAGAAAGCCUUCCCUUCUGUAUGAAAGGCAGCUCCUGGUCCCAGAGAACUUGGCAACUCCUUUCUUUGACCCUCAAAAGGGUGGUGCUGAUGGGGGCUGUGCUGCUUGGGGAGAAGAGAAAAUCUUCCAGUGCCCAACUGAGGGCACCCAACUCUACUUGGACACCUCAAGGUACGGGGAACUCACUACCGUCCACGCGGCUGAUCUCAGAGAGGCUCUGGAGCCUGCGGGACCGCCAGGAGGGCUGUGGCGCUCCGACCUUGGCCCUGGCUGCGGCGAGGCCCGACACGAGGGGCUCGGAGUGGCCGAGAGCGUGGCCGAGGCUGGGCGUUCGGGCCUGGCGCCCGGUCGGGGCGGUGCGGGGUCCGGACCUCCUCCUCCCGGCGUGCGGGGACCCCGGCGGGGCCGCAGAGGCCGGGAAGUCGCGCCGAGGGCGCUAGGACCGGCCGCGCGCCCAGGCCGCUCCCGCCGCGGCGCCCCGGGGCCCCCCAGUCGGCGCUGCCUCCCGGGCCGGCUCCGCAGCGCCGGGGCCCGGGCCAGCGCGGCCGCGGGGGGCGAGCGGCGGGCGGAGGCCUGGGCCGGCGGGCGGCCGGAGGGAGGGAAGGAGGAAGGCGGAGAGAAGGGGUGGGAGGGGGGGACCCGGCGGAGGAGGCGGAGAGAGGGAGCGCGACAGCGAGCGGAGGGAGGGAGCGAGCGAGCGAGGCAGGCAGGCGGGCCGGGAGGGAGGGAGGGCGCGCGGGCGGCGGCGGCGGCGAGAGCAGAGGACGAGCCGGGACGCGGCGCCGCGGCACCAGGGCGCGCAGCCGGGCCGGCCCGACCCCACCGGCCACACGGUAAUCAGCGCCGCUGCUGGCGGCCCGGGAGGCCGGCCCGGAGGCGGCGGGGAGCCGGGGAGCCGGGCGGGGGGCACCGCGGCGGGCAGUGCCCGGCUCGGGGCAGGCUCCCGGACCUCCGCAACUCGGCGCCGGGCGCCCGCGGGGCCGGGACUGCGGGCGGGGACGGCGGGCCGGGCUGGCCGGGCUGGCCGGGUCGGCGCGGGGGAUUUGAGGGUUUGUUUAUGUCCCCGCGGGCUCGGCAGGCGCCCCCUCCCGUCCCGCCCGCUCCCGGCGCGGACCCCCCUCUCCGCCCCCGCCCGGCUCCGGGCUCAAGUUCAAGUCUAUACAAUGCCACGGGGGGCCCCUCCACCGCCGGCCUCCGCCGCGGUGCCCGGCUCGGCGCUGCCGCAGGGGCCGCGGCCGGGCCACCCCCGCCUUCCGGGCUCUGCCCCCGCCCCGUGGCCCCGCCUGGAGCCCGCGGCCAGGGCGCCGGAGGGCGCAGACCCCGACCCAGAAGGAUCGGCCCCCGCGGCGGCCCGGGGGAGCGGGGGAGGGGGCGGGGGCCGGGCCCCGCGCAGGCUCCGCGGCGGCGGCAGAAAAUGGCAGCCUGGCACGACCCGGCCCCCCGCCCCUCCCCCCGGCGCCCGGCCCUCCUCGGCCCCGCGAGGCGGGGGACCCGGGAGGCCCCCGGGGGCGGGCCGAGGGGUGAUUGCCGGGCCGGGCCGGAGAGCGCCGCGCCGGGAUCCUCCUCCGGCCACCUGUGGCUGUGGGUGCGGGGAGCCGGCGGGUCCGGGAGGGGCGGCGGGGCGGGCGAGAGCGCCCGUUUGGGGGGCACACCUCCCCGCGGAGUGCCAGCGGCACGGAGGGGGGGUCGUUGUGCCCGGCUCCUCCCUGUCCCCACUGCGGGCCGUGGGAGCCGGGGCGGCCGCGGUGGCGGCGCCGCAAUGUGGGGGCGGGGCGGGGGCGGGCGACGAUCCCGGGCCCCGGCCGCGGGGGCCGGAAAACGCGGGGGUGGGAACAGCGGGGCCGAGGCAGGGAGCGGCGCGUGGGGGGACGCCUGGGGUCGUCCCUUCAGCCCUCCCCACGCACAUUCCCACGCACGCGGACACACUCACGCACACGCACCCCGCCGGGCCGGUGCAGACGUGUCCUUGAAAGCUUCGCAUCUGCACAGUGAAGGACGAGGCCUCGCCGCGGCUGCGGAGCGGGGUCUUCGGCCCCACGUCCCCGCACCCUGGGAGACCCCGAGCUUCAGAGCCGCAGGCGGCCGCGGUCCGUGUCCCGCCCUCACCCCGCUCCCCUCCCCCAGGCCGCCCUGUCCUCCCUCCCCUUCGGCGCGGACCGGGCUGGCGCGGAUCCAGGGCCCGCCCCUGGCCUCCCCCAGCCCCUCAUCGUUGGGGCCCGCGGCCCUGGGGCUGCCAAACUGCGUUUCGCUUUCCUGAAGCCUCUCUUCUCGGGGGCACCCUCUCCCACCUUAGCCCCCCUCUACCAUUUCUCCCCGUCUUAUCCCCUCCGUCCUGCCACACUCUCUCUGCUGCCAGUUGAGGAGGUGUCGACGCCCUGGGCAGGAAGCGGUGCCCUCUGGUUCCCAGGGGCUGCCUCCUUCGGCUCCUGAGGGGAGCCCCCUGUGGCUGCACCUUGACCCAACAUGGCGUCUGGCACCCAGCAGGGCAGCUUUGGCCUACGGCAGGCGGCCGGCGGGCGGGUGGGCAGGGCCGGGCCACAGAGUCCGCAACUCCCCCGGUCCCCGUCUUAAACUAGCGGGGACAGAAGCCUUGGGGCGAAGCGCCCUCUGCCCUGUGACCCAACUUGCCCCUCACUGCCGUGCCUAGAGACUGCCAUCAGCAUCCCUGGGGGCCUGCUCAGUCUUCAUGUUUCACCCCAGGCUGCCAGUGGCUGAACCGCCUCCUGGGCGGGCGGCUGCGAAGGGAUCCUGGGAUCAGGUGCUGCUCCAGUGUCGCCUCCUCCCUCCCUCCCUCCCUCCAGGGCAGAUGUGACAGCUGCAGCCAGGGGAGCUAUUCUCCUUGCUGUUGCCGGGGUAUUAGGACUGGCCUGUGGGAUUUAGGGAGCCAGGCAUCCUGGGGACCCUCUUGGGAUGACUGGCAGGGGCCAGCUCCUGGUAGUUUUCUGAGCUGCCUGCCUUUGGAGAGUUGAGUUGUGGGGAGUUCUUCUGGGUUUCUGGGGCAAAAUGGUCCCCCUCUGCCUCCAGGUUCCACCUAGGCCCUGGUUGUGCUGUGACAGGUGGCUGUCAGGGUGGGAGUGUGUGUGCACAAGUGCUGGCUGCAGGUGAGGGCCCAGGCCUAUUUCUGCAGCAGCCCUGGCACCUGCCUUUCUCCCCGAUGGCUCCCCCUCUUCUAUGCAGCCCCUCCCCAGAUAAGCAGCUGCUGGUUCAGGCCCACCAAACUUUCCUUGGUACCCCACCCUGGCACCAGUGCCUUCCAUAGGAGACUGGCCCUGAGAAAGGUGAAUUCCUUCUAGACUCAAGGAGUAGACUGGUCCACAGGGCCAGGGCUGCCUUCCGAGUCCUGGAGAAGCCUAGGAGAGGACGCCAGCGGCCAUCUGUCAGGGUGUCUUUGGACAGGAUUCCUGUGUGGGGUGGGGGUUGGACUAGAGCCGGAAGGUCCAUUCCAGCUUUGACAUUCUAUGACUCUGAUUAUAGUUGUGGAAUUUCAGGCCCAAAAAUGGGGACAGGGUAGUCUGUUUUUCAGCAAAGGGCAGUAAUUGGGGAAGGUUUCCAAGGAGAAGGAGAUAGGAGAGAGAUCAGGGCCCCCAAGGGGUUGGGCCUUGGGAAGGAGAGGCAGUAUGGGGAGGGUCCCUGCAAGAGACUGGUCGGUCACGUCUAACUCUGCAGAGGGUGUAAAAGUACAGCCUCCUUUGAGCCUUGGCACAUGUGUGUCCUGCAGGUUUGUGUAUAAAUCCCUGUGUGUGGAUAAUUUGUGACGUUUCCUUUUCGAGUCCAAUUCACAGUAAGCUCCUCAGUCCCUUAUAGAUGUUUUACUACGUCUUUCACACCCACCUCUUCCAGUGGUUCUCAGAAAGCUAGGAAGACAGGACAAGCCGUAAAAUUUUUGUCUUGGGUCACUGGAAGGAAAAAGUGGAGCCAGGCCUGCACUCAGGGGAAGGCGCCCCACUCUACCUCGCACAUGUGUCGGUCCCUCUCUCAGUUUGUAAUCUCCAGGGAACAGGGACCUUGCCUCCCUGGGUCCCCGUUGGACCAGCAGUGAGGCCCCCCAAGGUGUAUGCUGAGUGAGGGGAGUGCUCUGCUGUCUUGUCCUCUCCCUGAGGCAGCGUUGGGGGGCUCCCCGCUGCUGCUGUGCUCCAUUCCCAGUGGCCACCGCCUACUUACAGGCCAGCUCCUUAGGCUUUCGCCUCCCUGAAAGACCCAAGUUCUUUCCCAGCAAAAGCCCAAACUCCCUUGAGGCUUCUCUUUUUGGGAUCCAGGGAGAAAGAGGACUCUAACAGGUGACUUAAGGCAGACCACCCUCUCCCCAUCCUUUGGUCUGAACUGUCAGCAUUAGAACCCAAACCUUAGAAUUGCAGGCUGGAAGAGUUUAGCUCUGAGAGCUCUUGGAGCUGGGGACAGGGCUGUUUGUGGGAGGUGGUGCCCAGUUCUUCCCAGGGUUGUCUGUGCUAAGCAGAGCCUGAGGCCUGCAGGGCCAUUCACGUGCCGGUCACAUGCCUCUCCCUGAGCACUUCCUGCUGCCUUCAACUUGCUGGCCUGGAGUCCUGGACUUGGUGCGUGUCCUCCCCACCCUGUGCCCCACUGGGAGUCGAGUGUGUCUCUGGCCUCUAGCAGGUAGGGCCAGAACGUCUACCCUGUGCUAUUCCCCACGCUUCGGCCCUUGGGGAAUAGCUUCCAUUUCCGUUUGAAUAUUAGUAGGUGAGCAGAAAGCCCGUCUGCAGCCCGCCUGGCCUGAGGCUGGGUUUCUGCAGGGACUUCCCUGUUCCUGAGCAGGACUUUAAUAGGCUGCGAAAGGUGCCAGAUUCCUUUGCACUUUCAUUUUGAGGGCUCAUUUCCAAUCAUUUCUCUCUUUGAUGAUUUUUCCCUAAAAACAUGACCAAAUCUGAGAUUCAUGAAGGGUCAGCCUGAGAUUUAUGUCUGUAUCCGAGCCUGCCUCCACUUGGCUAAGCGUGUGGGCAAGACGAGGUUUGGUGCAUGUGUGUCUGUGUAUGAUGUGCGUGUACGUGGUGUGCUGCUGCGUGUGGAUGGGGAGGACUUGCUUCCACAUGAGCCAGUGUCAAGGCAGCGUGAGGCCCUUUAGCCACAGGGAGCUGCACUCUGACUCCUCGCAGCAGCAGGAAGUUGGGCAAGAACUCGAUUCCCUGGGCCUCAGUUUCCUCACCUGUAACAUGGGAGUGCACGUGGGUUCUGCCUACAGGUGGUUGUGAGGAUGGAGUGAGAUGAUGUGCGUUACAGCCCUAGCAGAGCGGGAGCCCUCCUGCUAGCUGUGUCUGUUUUCAUCAUUUGGGCGGCUCACGUGGACUGGCGCUGCAGGAAGUGCUCUGAGAAGCCUCGUCCACCUUCCUGUGUCUUUUGCAGAAUCUUGGUCAGAUGAGGAAAGUGCCGAUUCUGAUUCAAAAUCCUGGGAGGUGGGAGGCUCCUCAGGGCCACUUAGCAAUCUGUUGAGUUGAACAAAUGACAUGUCAACAGGUUGUUUUGCUUCCACCUGAAAUCCCUCCUGCUGUAGUUUCAGCUCAUUAUUCUCAUUUUGUCUUGAGUGCAGCAGCACUUUCCCACCGUAUUCACUUCUACUUUCCAGAGAUGUGCUGAGCAUUUCCUGGAAGCCAUGCCCUGUGCUGGCUUUGAGGGGACUCAGUGCAUUUAGGAUGCACCCAGCUAAUGCAGGACUGCCGAGUGGGACCAGGGUCACCAGAGAGGGAGAAUAAAGCGCUCAAAGGAGAGUGAGGUCACAACCAACUAAGGCGAUCAGGGAAGGCUUCUUGAAGGAGCUGGCUUCUCAGAAGCGCCUCAGAGCACAGAAGUAGGGCUUUGGGGCUUCAGGGAAGAAGCCAGGGUGUCAGGGGCAGGGCAUCAUUGGGGGUUGGCUGCAGUGCCCGGGAGGUGGCCUUGGUCCUGGUUUGUGCUGGAGGCCAGGCUGAGGCCCUGCCUUGGUUUGGGGAGGAGGUCUCUGCACUCUGGGAACUCCUGUGUGGCUCAUGGAGAAUCGCCCUGAACUGCCUGAGUGUGGCGGCCAGUGGGGGGUGGGGUGGAGAGAGGACAGCAGGGAGGGAGAGGAAGGGGCCAAAUGAGCUCAUUUGGUGUCAGAUCCUGAUUCUUCCUAUUCUAUAUAUUAGAGCUUAAGAGCUCAGACUUGGAGAGCAACAGAGUAGGGUUUAAAUUACACCUACCCCAGGGGUUAUGAUGAUUAAGGGGGAGGCCACCCUCAGGUCUGAUCUGUGUUCGAGUGAUGGCAGUCAUGGUAAGGAUGGGGUUGUAGUGCAAGGGUCUUUUCUGUGGCCUCCCCAGAGGUCUUCAUGUCUCCCCUUUUCCCCUUGCCCACCCCACCAGCCUGAGAUGCCUCAGCAUCCAGAACAUUCCUCCAAGGGACCACCAGUGCCAGGGAAAUGGGGGGUGGAGAUGUCAGGUUCCUGUGUCUGCAGCCUGACUCCACCCUGCCCCACAAUACACAUGCACUGGGGAGAACAGAGCCACCAACCCAGAGGGGAAGUGCCCUGCAGGCGGCCUAGGCCCCCAGGCAUGAGUGCAGGUGCCUGGCAGCCCCCUGCAAGAACAGUUGGUGGGCAGGGCCCUCUGGGCCGAAUCUCCCUUGCUGAUCACAUACAUCACAGGUCACCAGCCUGUCUGGAGGACAGCAGGGGUGCUUGGUGGGCAGUGAGGGUGGGGGUAAGGGAGGCCCAGACGCCUGGGGCUUUCCUAGCUAAAUCUAGUAUGGAGUGAAUUUUUUUUCUUUUUUUCAGCAGUAGCUCUGCGUUGCCCACUCCUGUCCUGCUGUGGCCCCCUCUGACCCUUAAGGCUGCCCAGCCUUAUUUAGACAUAUGACCGGGUUCCUAUUUUCUCUUUCCUGUGGUCAUCACCCUGCUCGCCACCAUCCCUAUUGAUCUUCCCUCCCUGCUUCUGUUUCAAAUGUCAAGGUCAUUUUUAAUUCUGAGCCAGUUAUUAGCUGCCCCAUCUGAGUGCACAGAGGGGACGGACAACCAUCUCUUACAGCCAGUAAUGGGAGAGCUGGAACUUGGGUCUCCUGACUCCUACUCUAGUGCUCUUCUUGCUAUAAUGAAAGGGGAGGGGGGCUUAUUGCAGAUGAUCAAGAUCUGAUGGAUCAGCUAGGUCAUGGGUUCCAAUGAUCCUUCCUUGAAAAGGUAAAAAGAUGCUUAGAGAGGAGAUUGUGGGGCAUGGAGUUAGAUUUGUGGCUCACUAAGCUGUUUAUUGAGUGUGGGCUGUGUCCUGGGGAAUACUUGGGAAUGGCCAUGGCCUGGGGGCAGGAGGCCUUUGGGGUGUUCCUCCCCCUCCACUCCCCAAAGGACCCCGGGAGGCACAGGGGUGUUCACCUCUGCCCAUGCCAGGCCAGUAGGAUGCCCCAGCACCCCAGCGAGUAGAACCUGUUUGGAAGGAGGCUUCGGGAAGGCCUGCAUGAUUACUUACAUAGGUGCCCAACGUGGUAAAUAAAUGCACCGGAAAAGGGAAAUCUACUUAAAUUCCCUAAAAGUCUUUGAAACAAGGUAGCAAGUGUGUCUGUUCUGAUGUGUUAGAUGCCCAUGCAGUAGUGUUGUGGUUUAAAAAAAAUGUUCAUAGUGUAAUCUCAUUUUCAGGAAAUUCUUUAAAGUUGCCACAAAUAACGCACAUUUGUAAGUUUGUACAUGCAUGGAAAAGUUGUUCUGGAAGGAUAUACACAAACCUGUCAACAGGUUUUUGCAUUUUAACUUUAUACACUUUUGUUUUAUUUGAAAAAAUGUAAAUGAACUUGUGUUACUCUCUUAAUAACAACAAAAAUAAAACUUCACUUUUGAAAAGCCCAUGGAUAAGAAUGUGGAAAAAAGAAUUCAGUGACAUAAGGCUCAGGGAUGGACUCUUUUUUAUAAUGGGUAAGAAACUGGUUUACAGACUGACAGCAAGGGGUAAGCUUACUCAGGUACGUGUCUUUUCUGGAAAGGCUACAGAGAGAAAUAUAGCAGAUAUAAUGCCUCUGAGUGAAGACCUAGUCUGGCAGGGAUUAGGUGAGAGCAGAAAAUAGGCCGCUGACUGCAUGCACCCUGGCCCACGCCAGGGACAGGGGACAAAGUUAGCUUUAUAGGAUGGCAACUUGAAACACAUUUCUGACCCAGGGUGAAGAACAAUCGCUGAGAAUCUUCCCCAAAAGCAUCAGUCUGGUGGACUGUUAUGGCCCAGAAGGUUCCUGAGGAACUGUAAGUGUAACUGUGGCCUGGCCCGGCGUGGCGCUCAGCUGGCCCAGCCCUGGCAUAGUGAGAGCCUCUUGGGAGGCCUCACCCAAGGGAGACAAAGUGGGGCUUCAGGAGGCCCCAUGAAGGAAUAGAAGGGGUGCUGAGAAACUUGCCUGGCAUGUGGGCUCAACUCUGAUAUAGGAGUCCCUGAGCAGGUGGCAGUAACCCUGGUGAUGGGGUGGAGAGAUGAGGCAGGGGCAGAUACAAAUUCCUUCACCUGCAGUUGUCUUGCUACCCCAGGAAGCUCAGGGCUGGUUGCUUAGCAACAGCACCUACCAUCCUCUUCCACCUUCCCCUCCCCACCCCACCCAUGGGUGCCUCUUAGAGCUUCCCUUCCCCUGAGGCUGCCCUGUUCAACAGGACGUGAGAAGGGUCUGUGCGCUUUUUUGACCCUGCCCCUGGAAUAAGGCAGGAACAGACAUAAAAGGACCCAGGACUUGGAGGCAAGCACAGAACUGGUCCCUCUACAAACCAGCCAUUCAGUUCCAGGCAUGUAGGGGACGGAAGUGCAGGGCAAGAAAGAUGCUCGGGAGUCAGGCCCACCUGGAGGAGCGUCUCAGCCCCAUUUGUGCUUAGUUGCUGCUGGCCCCAAACCAUCUGGAGCUGCAGGUUUUUCAUCUGCAAAUUGGGGAUAAGAAUAGCAGCCACAUCUUACAGGGGUUGCCUGAAUGACAUGCAAUAAUUCAUGAAAACAGCCAGCACUGUGCCUGGCACAGAGGAGGUGCUCAGGUGGGUGUGAGCUGCUUUUCUUUACAUGGGGGUCAUUCCAGGGCUGCCUGAGAGUUAGGGUGACCCCCACAAAGCCCUGCUGCUCUAUAAGACCCUGCAAGUGGCUGGACACAGUGGCUCACGUCUGUAAUCCCAGCACUUCGGGAGGCCGAAUUGCACAGAUCACCUGAGGUCAGGAGUUUAAGACAAGCCUGGCCAACAUGGUGACACCCCAUCUCUACUAAGAAUACAAAAAUUAGCCAGGUGUGAUAGUGCAUGCCAGUAAUCCCAGCUAUUCGGGAGACAGACAAGAGCAUUGCUUGAACCCGGGAGGCAGUGGUUGCAGUGAGCCAAGCUCAAGCCAUUGCACUCCAGCCUGGGCAACAAGAGUGAAACUCUGUCUCAAAAAAAAAAGAAAGAAAAAAGAUCCUGCAAGUAUUGCUUGUCCUCCCCGUGACCGCUCAUGGUGAGGGGAAGAAAUAAUCAAAUUUGAAUGACCCCCAAGCCCACGAUGGACUCUGAGCUGGGAGUCGGGGGCCAGGGGAAGUGGCAGGGACAGACAGAGGAAGAUGUCUCUCUCCUUAGCUUCUGUUGUCUGACCCAGGUCCCUUUUUCCUGUUGCCAAUAAAUUGUCCCUUUUUUUCUCAGCCAUUCUGCGCCUCCACUUCUUCCUGUGAGGCCAGGAUCUACCUGCACCUUUUUUGAUCUCUUCAGAGUCCCCUGCUUAUGUGGGGACCCAGUAGUUCCCCCAAGGCCUGGCCCAUCUUUCCCUCCCUGCUCACUGGUCUCUUCGGGGCCAAGCAGAGAGUGGCCUUUGCUGGGUUCUGGCUCUGCCCCACGGCCUGGAGGCAUGGGAGGCCCUAGACCACAGCCCAGCCUGGCAGCUGGCACGCAGCAAGAGCUCCUAAUGGUUUUAUUACCAGCAACAAUGUGGUGCUUGUUGCCAUCCACGCACAGGCUGACGGUUCCCAGCCCAACUGGUGGUGGCCUGAGGGCCCUGCCUGGUACUGGAAGCUCAGCUGAGAAGCCCAGUGGGGCUGGGCAUUCAGUCGCCUCUGCAUUUUCUUCUGUCAACACCCUGCCAGCAGCCUAGAAUCAGAGAGAGCCAGGGCAUGGCAUGGUGAGAUGCUGGCCCCCAAGUUGGCAGGACCAGCAGCACUUAAGUGUUCUCUCCAGAGGAUCCACAAACGAUGUCCAUCCAUUCAUCUCAGAGAGACCUACUGUGUGCCAGGCACAGGCUACACAGAUGAAAGGGCUCAUGCUCAUCCUCAAGGAGUCUGCAGCUUAGGUGGGGGUCUGGCAGAGCAGAAGGACCCCUGGCACACUGUGCCCAGGCAUUAUCAGGGCUCAGAGAAGGAAGUCGGAUUCAGGGGGAGAGAAGAUCCAGAAAGGCUUUCUAAAGGAGUUGACGCUUGAGCUGAGCCUCGAAGGGCAGGAAGCAGUCAGCAAGGUGGGCAAGGGUGCUUUUUGGCCCCAUGAGGCCGCAGUGUAGGGAAUGAUGGGGUGUGAGGCCAGGGGCCCAGGCUGGAGGACCAUGGAAGGCCGGGAUAUUAUCUAUCAGUGAUGUCAGCUUGGUAUUUAUAUUUGAGAAAGAUCAUUCUAGGGCAUCAAGGAAGAGAACUCAGGCAAUAGGGUUUGGGGGCAGGAAGCCCAAGUGGAAGGCUGGCACAGAGGUCCGGGGAAGCAGUGUGGGCCUGGAGGGGGUAUGCAUGGUACAACGUCUAGGAAAUGGAGUCAGUAGGAACGGUCAUGAUAAAGGAAUGAGGGAGUUGGGGAGGCCCCCUGGCUUCUAGCUCAGCCAGCUGUGUGGGUGGGGAUGCCCUUCAUGGGGGGUACAGGGUGGAGGGAGUCAGAGAGAGCAGGAGGUGCCUCCCACACAGAGUUGGAUUGGAAUUGGGGCUUGAGGGUGGGUGGGAUUUUCCCAGGGCACUUUCUCCUUUCUGAACUCUGACUUCCCCAGGGGGAGCCAGAGCCAGGCCAGGCUUGUAGAGGAGGCUGGAGCCUGAGUCAUAGGCCUGGAGGGCCUGUGCAAUGGAUGAGACAGGCAGGUGCAUUUCAGUCCAUAACUGAUCGGACCCCUGCAGAUUUUUGGAGGAAGAUUUUGAGGAAGGUUCUCGCACCCAUGCAUUGGGGAUGCUGAUGAGUUGGGGUGCCUGCUUCCCAGUGAUUUCCCCAAAAGAUGACCUGCAAGGCCUAGACCCUGGCCCUCCACCCAGAACCUGCGGCGAGUUUCAUUGCCCUCUAAGAAUAUUUGGGUGUUGGGCUGGAAGUUGAUGUCAGGCUGUCCGGCCUUCCCCUCACUCUCCAUUCAGAGGCAGGUCUGUGGAGAGAGACAGGAGGGACAACCUGAACACAGUGUAUUUGGAAAGCAAACAGAAAAGAAGCAAAAACUGUUCCUCUAAAAUAGAGGCUUAUGUGUGUUCUGUGAAGGAUAAUGUGGAAGGCUGUUUCCAAAGAACUUCUAGAAAAAGGACGUGAGCCACAUCAGCACCAUUGAACUUAGAUAGAGGUCAGGAGCAGUGUGGCAUCAUGCUGGAGCCACCAGGCUGGGGGGCUGGACAGAUGGUGGUUUCAUCUCAGCCCUGCCACCUCCUUGCUUUGUGUCCUUGGGAGAUCACUCAACCUCUCUUAGGCUCAGCUUUGCCGUCUGCAAAAUGGAUGUAACUUCACAGGCUGGUGUUCUUGUUUGUUCUGAGCACUGCUUCUUGUGCUAAACCUGGAUGUUUUCUUUCACCCUUUUCUUUUUUUUUUUUCUUGUUUUUUUUUUUUUUUUGAGACUAAGUCUUGCUCUGUCGCCAGACUGGCAUGCAGUGGCGCGAUCUCGGCUCACUGCAGCCUCUUCUGGGAUCAAGCGAUUCCCCUGCCUCAGCCUCCCACAUAGCUGGGACUACAGGCGCAAACCACCAAGCCCGGCUAAUUUUUUGUAUUUUUAGAAGAGUUGGGGUUUCACCAUGUUGACCAGAAUGUUCUCGAUCUUUUGACCUUGCGAUCUGCCUGCCUUGGCCUCCCAGAGUGCUGGGAUUACAGGUGUGAGCCACCGCGCCCAGCGUUUUCCACCAAUCUUUUAAGAGAAUCCUCAUACAGUUGGCCUCGAGGGUGUUGGAGGAUGAAAAUUCAACCAUGUAUGUUCACUGCUGGCACAGAGGCGGCACUCACACACCCUAUCCCUCCCUCCCUCGCUUCUGCACUUCCUCUGGUUCUUUUCCUCUCAAGAAGCCUUUUUCCUCCUGUCCCCUCGGUCAGUUUUGAGUUCCCCUUUCCAGGGAAGGUCCAUUCAUCGUGUUCUAUAGACUCUCUUGUUCCCGAUUAUUCCCUGCAAACCUAAUGCACCCAGUGUAUUUGAAGAGCAUCUACUGAGGUAAAUGGGAGCGGGGGAGCAGGGGGCUCAGUUCCUGUUCUCUUUUUUUUUUUUUUUUUUUUGAGAUGGAGUUUCGCUCUUGUUACCCAGGCUGGAGUGCAAUGGCGCGAUCUCGGCUCACCGCAACCUCCGCCUCCUGGGUUCAGGCAAUUCUCCUGCUUCAGCCUCCUGAAUAGCUGUCCUGUUCUCUUUUUAUAAGCUGGGGAGGAUCUGUGCAGAGCUGUCCAGGAGAGCGGAGGGCAUGGGGCCCCUGGGGAAAGGUGCAAGACCCAGCAGGACCACAGCUGAGACCUUGCCCUAUAGCUGGCUCAGUGUGCCAGGGGACAGGGCACACAGCCCUGGUGGGUCUGGGAGAUGAGCUCAGAGGUGACUUGGCCUGGACAUGGGUGGGGCUGCCCUGCUUUCAGAGCCAGACCUCGGGAGAUGGCUGGGAGGGCCACUUUCUCUGCAAGAGCCACACAUGAUGGCCCUUGGGCUGUAUGGUGGCCCUCUGACAUGCAGCUGUACCCCUGGGGAGACGUUUGAAGCCUCUCUGCAUGCUGGAGGAUCUGGUGGGAAGAUGGCUUCGAAGUAGGGCUCUUGUGGUGGUGAUGCUGCCAAGAAGGCUGGGCAGAAGUCAGCUGUCUCUGGCUGGGGGUGGGGCGGGGGCUACAGUCCAUCAGAUUGUGGAAACCCACCUAUCUCUGGUUUGUGCAGACCUGUGCGAGCAGCUGUGCCGCAGGACUGGCCCUCUGGAAAUGGGGCAUACAUGAACUCAGGGUGUGGCGGUGUAAUCAAAUGAAAUGUACAGCAUAAUUAAUCUGGCAUACCCUUAAUGAUAUGCAUAAUUGUGCUGCAUGGUAAUUAGGUGUAAAUGGUAAGCAGUUCACAUAAAUGUUUUUGUAAUUGGUAUUAAUUUUGCACAGGCAAACCAAGUUUAUGCGGUUUUUCUCUUCUUGCUCUGUUAGUUUUCUAGUACAGGCAAUUCCAAGCUUUUGGAGGAAUUCUGUUGCAAAUGUUUGUUUAUAGGGCACUGUUUUGUGUUUUCUCUCAGAACAAUGUUAUGAAUGGUUAUGAGGUUCCCAAGCUGGUUUCCAAAUGCCUCUUUGGCCCAUACAGUAGGUGAAAUGUGCAACGCAUGUGCCUGUGUUGGGAGCCUCCCCAGGAUCCUCCUGCUCCGGGUGCCCCGAGAGCACAGCACAAGGGGGGCUGUGCACGUGUGUGCGCCUGUGUGCCUGGAUCAUCUCUGCAUGUGUCUAGUGUGUGCAUCUAUGUGUGUUUGUGUGUGUGUGUGUGUGUGUGUGUGUGUGUGUUCUGCAUGACUGUGAGAGACUCCAGAGGCCACAGUGGCAGGUUGAAAUUCUCUGGCAAAUACAUUCCCCAUUCUAGUGGCAAAGGAGCCUGGGCUGGAGACUGAGGGGCAUUAGCUGGGAGGGGGACCCAGGCCCAGCAGCUGUUCCUAGGAGUGAGCACAAGCCACUCCAUGGCGUGGUCUGAAGCCAGAGUCUAGGUUUCCUCAGAACACACGGCUUGCCUUUCUUUCUGAUCAAGCACAUAAUAAUGUUUAAAUGAACAUUUAUUGAGUGCCUGCCACAUGCCAGGUCCUAUGUUAAACACUGGACUCAGAUUCCCUUCUGUCUUAAAAUAGACUUGAGAACUAGGGACUCUUAUUUACCCCGCUUUACAGCUUGGGAAACUGAGGCCCGAAUCUCUGAGUGACAGCCAGGGUUUGAGGCAGAGACUGCUGGAGGCACGGGCCCGUGGUUCUGAGAUGUGCUGCUCGGAACCCUGGGCUCUUCUCCCUCCCUCAGCCCCCUCCACAAAUGGUUUUUUGUUUGUUUGUUUUGAGAUGAAAUCUCACUCAGCCACCCAGGCUAGUGCAUCUUGGCUCACUGGUGCGAACUCAGCUCACUGCAACCACCGUCUCCCAGGUUCAAGUGAUUCUCCUGGCUCAGCCUCCUGAGUAGCUGGAAUUAUAGGCACCUGCCACCAGACCUGGCUAAUUUUUGUAUUUUAGUAGAGACGGGAUUUCACCAUGUUGGCCAGGCUGGUCUUGAACUCCUGACUUCAGGUGAUCUGCCUGCCUCAGCAUCCCAAAGUGCUGGGAUUAUAGGUGUGAGCCAUGGCGCGCAGUUUGUUUUGGUUGGGACAGACAAUGAGGAGAAAGGCAGCCCUGUGGGAAAGUCUGAGAGCAGUGGGCUCCUUUCUGCGGAAGUGGGUGGGGAGGGGCCGAGCUCCAACAGUCCUAAAGACCCUUUGGGGGACCUCCUGGUUUAGAGAUGAGAGGGAGUUGGUCCAGGAAGUGGAUUGGGGGAGCAUGGACAAGGGUGGUGUCGGGAGAGGGUAGUCACAGGCCAGCCAAGGACUCACCCCUGUUUCCUGUGGUUCACUGAUAGCCUAGGCCCUCACCAUCCCCUUCACCUGGGGGAUCUGGGGCAGGUGGGCCUGCAGACCCAGGGCAGGUGCACUGCUGGCCUCGGAGCUCCUGCAAACGGCCUUUCCAUGGGGCUCUGUCAAGCGACCCCUAGAAUGGGGAUUGUGGGGGGUCGCUCUAGGCACCGCAGCACUGUGCUGGGGAUGUUGCAGCUGCCUGGGAGUGACUUCACACAGUCCUCUCUGCCUCCAGGGUCACCCGGAAUGGGAUUUCAGGGGACAAGCUGUGGGCGGGGUGGGGAAGGACAGCAAGAUGCAAGGCAUGAACUCUGACCUCGUCGCUUUGGGAAGUUAGACACAUCUGUAUACGCAGGGAACACUCAGUGACCUCUGGGUGGGUGGUCGAGGAGAAGGGGACAAGGUGGGGGAAGGAGAGGUGCUGGGUUGAAGGAAAGAGGACCUGAGUGGGCCCUGUGGUAGAGGGUGGGAGCCGGGGGUGUCAUCUGGGGACAGCUGGGAGAGCUGGGAGAGGUGGGGGCAGGGCCAGAACAGUGGGCGGAGGCUGCAUUGCAGCCAGCUCCGGUAAGGCCAGGCCAGAGCAUAUAUUUUACCAUGUGUGAAAAUCUUUGGCAUCACAGGAUUUUUUUAAAAUAGUAGCUUUAAGAUAUAAUUCACAUCCCAUACAGUUUACCCAUGUUAAGUGUACAGUUCAAUGGUUUUAGUACAUUCACAAUCAAUUUUUUAAAAUUCUCACCAGGCAUCAUAGGUUUUCAUAGAGGGAGCCCUGUGUGGACAAUUUUACAAUCUUUGCUGAGAGGCUAGGGUGGGAGGUAGAGACACCAGAGGCAGGUGGAUCCGCUACAGGAGAGCCACCAGGUUAUUGUGCCACAGACACAAGGGAUACAAAAGGCCUGGAGGGAAUAGGGGGAGUAGAGAAGUCUGAGGACCAGGUGCCUGCUGGAUGUGGGGACCCAGGGGACAGGUGAGACCUGAGUUUUCUCUAGGGUUUGGAGCUUAGGCAGCUGAAGGGAAGGGAGUGUUACUUCCACAUUGGGGGAAAAGCCAGAAAACAGAGCUGGCUCUGAAGGAAGCAUGUUCUGGAAGAGUAGGAUUUUAGAUGACUGCAAGUCAUCCGGUUGGGAUGAAAACAAAUAGAGGGAGCCCCUGGCAGUAGGAGGCCUAUGUUAACUUAUGCCCAAGUGUCUUAGAGGAAGAGCAUUCAAAGAAAAGCUGAAGGUAGAACAUGACCUUUGAGGAGCGCCCAUUGUGCAGAAGUGGGAUCAAGACUCUUGGCCAGCCCUGGAGACAGAACUGCAGAAUCUGAGGCUGGAGACCCAGGAGCAAAGAGCCAGAUGGAGUCCCAGCUGGGAGAAGGCGCUUGCUGGUGAGCUCCAGAAGCAGGGGUCUCCUUUCACUCCAGGGCCUGGCUCCACAAUUGCACUCAAGAAAUGGCUGUUGAGGGAGUGCCUGGAGCAGAGAGCGAUGAGCUGGCCAGGAUGUGGAACUGAGCUCAAGGGCCAUGAGGAGGGAAAAAGGCCCUCUGGGGCAGUGGGUGACGAUAUCAGUCAGGGUCCAUUCCGGAGGCAGAGACCAAAGUUUCGCAUAAGGAUGAUUAACUCUAAUAAGAUUGGAAUAAUGAGGAGUUGGCUAAUAAGAAGCAAAAAUAACUCCAAAGAAUACAAAAAUAACAGCUGUGAGAACAGCAGCUACCUCUAGGGUUGCCACAGAAUGCCCAAGGAAGAGGCCUCACAGGGCUGAGAUCCAGACAUUGAUGGAGAGGGUGUGGCCACGGCUCCCUGGAUGGCAAUGUCUCUGUAAUGCCUCGUUGGCAGAACUUGCUGGAUAGCCACACUCCGGAAUUUACUGGAAAUCCACCUUUUUGGGUCCCAAGGAAAGUUGUCUGUGAGAGGUAUCUUGCAGGAAGCACACGGCUGCUAAGUUUUCCCAGGGAGCGCUGGGUGAAGCUCCUGACUGUUGGGUGCUGCUGACUGCCAUGUGUUGCUGGAGCCAGGCGCUGGGGAAGCGACCUGUAUUGCAAGAGCCUGGCACUCCUGCAGGAGCUGGACACUAGAAGGCUGUAUGCCAUGGGAACUGGGUGCUGGAGCAGCUGUGACAGCGCAGGAGCUGGGUUCUGGGAAGCUUCACAUGUGACAAGACCCUGAUGCUGGAAAGCGCCUAUGCAGCAAGAUCUGGCUGCUGGAGAGGUUGUAUGCCACGCAGGAACCCACCAAAGAGCACAUCAGGUCUAGGAAGGACACGCGCUUCCUCCUCCAACACCUCUUCAGUGUCCUCCACAGCUGUGCCAGCUGGCAAAGGAAAAGUAUUUAAAGGGCCCAGCUCCAUCUUCACAGCACAGGCAACAAUUGGUGAAUAAAUCGGUAACUGGCACAGUCUACCCCUUUGGCUACACAGCUUUCAUUUGCACGCUUUUACAACAUCUGAACUCCUAUACAAAAACAACCAACAGAUGUCUACCUAUCAAGACAGUUAUCCUUCUUAUGAAGUUCUCACCCUUUUGCCCAAAGACCCCCAACCAUCUGGCUAUAAUAACUUCUCAAAGCCAGUCACAGUCCCACUGAAUAUUCUGUUACCUAAAGACUAAAUUAUAAAGUUAACUGCUAACAACUUGUAUAGAAAACAAUGGGGGCUGGGCAUAGUGGCUCAUGCCUAAUCCCAGCACUUUGGGAGGCUGAGGUGGGCAGAUCACCUGAGGUCAGGAGUUCAAGACCAGCCCUGCCAACAUGAUGAAACCCCGUCUCUACUGAAAAUACAACAAAAUUAGCUGGGCAUGGUGGCAGGCACCUGUAAUCCCAGUUACUUGCGAGGCUGGGUCAGGAGAAUCACUUGAACCUAGGAGCCGGAGGUUACAGUGAGUCGAGACUGCACCAUUGCACUCCAACCUGGGCAACAAGAAUGAAACUCUGUCUCAAAAAAAAAAAAAAAAAAGAAUGAGAAAAAAAGAAGAAAAUGGUUACCGUAUCGCA